GAAGUGGAUGAGACCGGAAGCCAGACACAAAAAAUGUACAAAUGGCUGCACCCAGUCUUAUGGGAAAAAUACGGUGGAUACCUGCGCCUCAGUCCAUCACCAAUAUUUACUCAAACACCUUCCACAUUUCUUACAUCAUCACAGUUUAUUCGCUAUAGUUUAUUAGAAAAAUAUGACAACGUAUUUAUCUUGAUAAUGUCAGAGAACUUUGAUAGAACGGUAUGUAAUGGAAGUUCAGACAACUGUUAGUAUGACAUAUUUACACAACUAUCAAUACUUUGUUGACCCAGUUACCAAGCAAUGGUUAAUUUUGUUAAGCCUGUGGUGUAAAAAGGUCGAAUUAGCAGCUAAAGAAAAAAACACUUAAGCAAAACAUGGUGAGAAUAAUUUUUGGUCCCAAAUGUUAUUAGUUUUACUGUGUAUGAAGAAUUUUGGGGUUUAAUAUGUUAUCGUUUACUUUAUUUUGCUAUCCUCACUUACAAAAAUGAAAUAUUGUCCUGCACUAGUCAAAAAAAAAUAUCGAAAAUUAUAUCCAGUUGUCUAGUUUUUGGUUUGGCUGUAUAGCGGGACAAGUUAUGGUGUCUCACGGGAGAUUUGAGAGCCCUAUUUAGGGAAUAUUUAGAACCUUGCAACCUUAUCAGUAAUAACUAGCAUAUCUAUACAAAACAUGAACCAGCACGUCAACCUCCCACUGCCACUGUCUCCUCCCCCUAUUGCUCUGUGUUUAUAAUGUUCACGGUCACUCUGCUGCUCGUGUUUGUCUUGAAAAGAAUCUGUCAUCAUGUGGAUGAGUCUCAUGAAGUUAGAUCUGGCCUCUGUAAGUCUAGCUCUGUCUCUGGGCUUUAUUCUUGUAGUUUUGUUUGAGAUCUUUAGGAUUAAUUCCUAUAGAGGUCAAACUCCACCUGGUCCCACACCGCUGCCGUUUGUGGGAACCAUACCACAUUUUUUGAAGAACCCAAUGAAGUUUAUAAGAUCGUUAUCUGAAUAUGGAGAGAUGACCACUGUGUACCUAGGAAGGAAGCCAGCGAUGAUACUCAAUACAAUCGAACUUGCGAAGGAAGCCAUGGUUCAAAAUGCUUCAUCUUUUUCAGGAAGGCCAGCUUUACCAGUUCUCAUGUGGGUCACUGAAGGAUAUGGUAUCGUAAUGGCCACAUAUGGUCACUCCUGGAGGCAGCAGAGACGGUUUGCUCUGCACACACUCAGGAACUUUGGCCUGGGGAAGAAGUCUGUGGAAGAACGUGUGACAGAAGAAAGCAGUUAUCUGGUUCCUGAAAUGCUCAAAUUGGAAGGCAAGCCUUUUGACCCCCAACAUGCAAUACAGAAUGCCGUAUCCAACAUUAUCUGCUCUAUCGUGUUUGGGGAUCGUUUCGACUAUGAUAACAAGCGCUUCGCAUACCUUCUGGAAAUCAUAAAGGAGAACAUGAUUCAGGCAGGGUCAUUUAUUGGACAGGUGUUUAACUUGCUUCCCAUCAUCAAACAUUUCCCAGGCCCACACCAGAAAAUUUAUCAGAACGCAGAAGAGUUGAAAGCUUUCAUCAGGGAUGCAGUCAAAACGCACAGAGAGACUCUGGAUCCAGACAGUCCACGAGACUUCAUUGAUGCCUACCUGCUAGAGAUUGAGAAACAAAAGUCUAACGAGGACUCUACGUUUCAUGAGGAUAACAUGGUAUUGUCAGUAUCUGACCUUUUCCUGGCUGGAACCGACACUACAGCAACCACCAUCAGAUGGGGGCUCAUCUAUUUGACUCAAAACCCACAUGUACAAGAGCGAUGCCAUGAGGAGAUUGUUCAGGUGCUGGGUUACGACCGCUUGCCCAGUAUGGAUGACCGUGAUAAACUACCGUACACGUACGCCACUGUUCAUGAGUUUCAGCGCUGUGCCAACAUCGCACCCUCUGGAACCUUUCAUGAAACGACUCAGCCAGCAAAACUACGAGGAUACGACAUUCCCAAGGGCACUACAAUAUUUGCCAACUUAACAGCAAUUUUAACUGACAAGAAGCACUGGAAAUACCCAGACACUUUUAACCCAGAGAAUUUCUUAGAUGAUAAUGGACAUUUCUUCAAGCCAGAGUCUUUCCUCCCUUUCUCCUUGGGUCCGAGGGUGUGUCUCGGUGAGAGUCUAGCUAAGACGGAGCUUUUCCUCUUCAUCACUUCUCUCUUACAGCGGAUUCGUUUCUCCUGGCCGCCUGGUGCAAAGUCUCCAAACAUGAAUGGGAUUGUCAGUUUGGUCCGCUCUCCUGAGCCAUUCGAUAUCAUCUGCCAGAGCAGAGGAUCCAAAGAGUGAUCCAUCAGUGCACUUUCCAACAUUCACAGGAGUUUCCAUCUGUUUUUAGACAUACCUCUGCAACUUAAAGUGAUAGUUCACCCAAAAAUGAAAAUUCUGUUACUUCAUAUUGUUAAAAACCCAUAAGACCUUUGUUCAUCUUCAGAACACAAAUGAAGAUAUUUUAAUCAAAUCCAAGAGCUUCUACAUGGUCUACAUUGUUAUACUGUCGUGAAAGGUGGUGGACAGUGACAGGGAAGAGAAGAAUUGUUGAGUCAUUAUUUUAGUUUUUUUGCAUGUUCUCAUCUUCAUAACAUUAUGGCUGAACCCCUGAUGUCAUAUGGACUAUUUUAACAAUAUUUGACCAUAUUUUAGUGUUCAAAUAAGAGGACGGGUGGGGGGUGGCAGGAUGCAUGACCAUAUUAAAACUCAAAAUAUGUCAUUUCCAUAACUAAACUACGGCCGGAAGGCUGCAUCCUCUGGAGGUCGCAUUUGAAGGCUGCAUACGUCAUAAAGAAGAUCUUAUUUUAUAAUAUUAACAGUUAUAAAUGUGACCUAUUAUUCUUAGUGAAGCAUAAAUUGAUGUAAUAUGCUUAUGACUUGCGAAUGUAAUGCUCAGUUAAUUGAAAUAAACCAGACUGGUGAUGUAUGCAACCUGCAAAUGCGACCUACGGAGGAUGCAGCCUUCCGUUUGAGAAACGGCCUACAUAUUUUACAGUCACCAUUAUGCAGAUUGAACAUAAACAGCUAAAAGCCUUCCUACCACAGUGGCUAUCCUUCACAAACCUUACCACAAAUGUUUUAAUUUCAUUUCAAUCAAAUGUAAUUUAUGCAAUAUUUCAAACCUUUGACCCACGGCCGGGAGAAAGUCAACUCACCACAACAGUUUAGAAUCAAUUCCAUGGAAAAAAAAAAAUCAGAUUUGGCAACCCUA